UCACAUACAAAUUUGUAUCAUGUUUGAAAAGCCUUUACGAUAAGAAUAAUAAUAGUCAAUGGCUAACGAAUCAUCAGUCAACCUACAUAUAAACGAAGACAGUGAAUCCUCCGACUGGUCAUCCAGCGACGAGAAACAACAAACUCAAUCCGAUACUCAAAAAACAACAAACCAACCGUUACCGGCUAUCAAAGAAAAAAAGGAAAUUGGAACAAAGAAAAAGGGAAAAAAGAAACGAACGGUAACAGUUUGUCUCACGCAUUGCAGAUACGAUGUCAUUAGGAGGGUCGCUCAAAAGUUUGGUUAUCGCGAAGUUUCGGAAGGUGAAAACUGGAACAUGUACUGGACAGACUUAUCCAUAACCGUUGAUAGAUGCAAAGAAAUGAAGAGGUUUCAAAAAAUUAACCAUUUCCCCGGCAUGCUCGAAAUUUGCAGAAAAGAUCUCCUCGCCCGAAAUUUGAACAGAAUGCUACGACUCUUUCCUAGAGAUUACAAUUUUUUUCCGAAGACCUGGUGCUUUCCGGCAGACCUAGGCGAAGCCAUAACAUACAGUCGUGUCAGAAAGAACAAAACCUUUAUACUAAAACCCGAUGCCGGCAGUCAAGGUCGAGGUAUUGUCAUAACAAAGUCUUUGAAGGAUAUUCGACCUUGCGAUAGGGGUAUUUGUCAAGUUUACUUAUCCAAACCGUUUCUCAUAGAUGGGUAUAAAUUUGAUCUAAGAGUGUACACGCUUAUCACUGCCUGUGAUCCUCUGCGAGUUUAUAUUUACAAUGAAGGCUUGGUGCGAUUUGCAACUAGUAGAUACAAAGAACCUAACGGUAUUAAUAUUACAAACGUUUUUAUGCAUUUAACCAAUUAUGCAGUAAACAAACACAGUAGGACGUACAAUCAAGACCAAGAAGCUGGCAGCAAACGCAAACUGUCAUGGCUGAAUAAUUAUUUAAAUGGGCUGCAUCAUGACGUUGAAGCCAUCUGGUACAGGAUCGAUGAUGUUAUAAUAAAAACCAUUAUAAGUGCUUAUCCAGUUUUAAAGCACAGCUAUGCUGCUUGCUUUCCAAACCACGAUGUACUACCUGCUUGUUGCGAACUGUUAGGCAUAGAUAUUCUUCUAGAUAAAAGAUUAAAUCCCCAGAUAUUAGAGGUAAAUCAUUCUCCUAGUUUUCAUACCGAUACAGAACUAGAUGUAGAAGUGAAAGACGCGUUACUGACAGACAUGUUCGCUAUGAUGAACUUAGAGCAUUGCGACAAGCGUAAGGUAAUCAGAGAAGAUCGUAAGAGAAUAAGAGAAAGGCUUCUUAGUGGGGUGACUACAAAAGAUAGUCAUCUCUCAGGCGAUUUAAAAUGCUUCACCGAGUAUUUCAAAGCGGAGAUGGUAAAUAGAGGAGGAUUCAGACUAGUUUAUCCUUGUACAAAUACAGAACACAACUACGCUAAAUAUUUUGAUCAAGGACAGCAUUCCUUAUAUUGCGACACAGCCUGCAGUAGAGCCAGAGAAGCUGCUCAAAAUGCUUUGCGUGACGAAAUGCAGCUAAGAGCAAAGUUAGAAGCUGCUAAACGAGUAAGUUCCAAGCCAAAACCUCCAGGAAUGGAAUUAGCUUCCACCAAGUCAAUAUCAAGGGCUUCGUCCAUACCUCUGAGCGUCAGAAGUGAUUAUAAUAAUUCGUUUGAUCCUCAAGUAAUAGUGGAAAUAGAAGAGAAAGAACGGUUGCAAAAGUUGGCCCAAAGAGACUAUCUCGUACGAAGUCAAGGAAUUUUGGAAUUGGUUUACUUCUCGAUGAAGAAAAACAACAUUCUGAGACCUCAGGAUGAAAGGAAGUAUGCUUUGUUUGAUAAGAUUCGACAGGCCAGCGAGAUAGUUAACAAACCAACGACUAAUAAAGGCGGACCAGAAAUAUCAGACAUGCUGGAAGGUAUAACAGAGAAAGGAGCAGGCGAGGCGUUGGCUGUGCAAAAGGAAUUAUACCCGUGGAGAUCGAAUAAAGACAAAUACAAAAAGCAUAUUGGAAGAGUGUAAGAAUUGUAAUAAGAACUGUUUUGGUUUUCCCUUUAUCGUCUUUGUCCAAGUGUACGGUUUGCGCGGA